AGUUCGCAAUUUGGUUUUGGUUAAAACAUUUUAGCUCAGAUUACUGAAGAUCAAAUUUGAACUUUGCGGUUGUUAAUACUUCCCACUCCCCGGAAAUCAUAUGUUACAGACUGGAUGAAGUUUCAACUUUAUAUUGCUAUCGGAAGACCACGUGCUGAGGAAGGAACAUGGCGGGAUUCCUAGAUAAUUUCAGAUGGCCGGAAUUCGAAUGCAUCGACUGGGGAGAAAGGCGAAACACGAUCGCUUCUGUGGUAGCAGGGAUUCUGUUCUUCUCGGGUUGGUGGAUUAUGAUCGAUGCCGCAGUGGUUUACCCAACUCAGCAAGAUCUAAAUCAUGCAUUUCACACCUGUGGGGUCUUCUCCACUCUCGCGUUUUUCAUGAUAAAUGCUGUGUCAAAUGCUCAGGUUCGGGGGGAUAGUUACAGUGAUGGAUGCCUAGGGAGGACCGGGGCCCGGAUUUGGCUCUUCAUUGGUUUUAUGCUGAUGUUUGGGUCUCUUAUCGCUUCCAUGUGGAUCCUGUUUGGAGCCUACGUUACGAAAGGUAUAAAUGUCUACCCUGGACUUGCAGUAUUUUUCCAGAACGCUUUAAUAUUCUUUAGCACCUUGAUCUACAAAUUUGGAAGAACAGAAGAGCUAUGGUCUUAGGAAUAUGGAAUCCAAAACCUUGCUUUCUUGUUCCUCAUUCAAACUGCUGCACCGUCCCUCCCAUGUUAAUACACGUUGCCAUCCAGCCGGUUUUAGAUUUUUCUUGUAUUUUGUUAGCCUCAUCACUGUGUUAAGAGGUGAAGAGGGGGCUCUUUAAGCUGUAUAUUUAUAGAAAAUUAAAUCUAUUUUGACCAUUUCGGACAAAACCUGGGAAAUAUUUGUCAGUAGAGAUACUUAACUGUCAGUCCAUUUUUUUGCUAUCUGUAGAGAUUAAUGUUAAAUGUAGAUAAUAUCUAGGAAGGCCACAAUCCUACGAACUGUAUUAUGAGUGACAGUGGGCUAUUUCUCUGAAGGUUAAAGGUUUAGCUGUUUUUUUCCCAUUUUCUGCCAGGGUCCUAAAAGUGUGAACACUGUAUUCAUCUGAAAUUUCUCCUUGUAGAGUUCUGUUUCCUCAAAGUUCUGGCUUUUAUUUUUCUUAACCACAUCUUGUUUCUGAAAAUGUCUGCUCUAGUGAUUUCAUGAAUUAUGUGUAGUUCAAUACAUAACUGCAGGUUUCUCUGAUGCUGCGUCAGCUCAAAGGGAAACCGCUUACAAAUAUAUGCUGUUGAAAAGUUAGCCAUAUCUACUCUAGGACCUCCAUCUUGUUCAGACACCUGCACAUGGCCACUGUGCUGUCUGAGAAUGCAUUUUAAAUCCAUAUUCGAAAACGCAUCUCUACCCCUCUCUUAGGGUUUCUUUAAAAGCUCAGGGAAGUUGUUUAACAUCCUGGUUUUAAAAUUCAGCUUCCAUUUUUCUUUAAUAACCAUUUGCUGCAGAACAUUAGGUGAUCAGAAGUCCAACAACAUUUGUUGAAGUUAAUUUAUAAGAUGUUCAAUGUGUAAGUAGUAUGCCAUUUGUGGUGAAUGGGAACAAGUAUACAGUUUUAGAGAACUAGGAUUGCUGAUCAUAAAGGAGAAGUGGUCGUUGCACACUAUAACACAACAACUGCUGUUAGCUGUGAUUUUUCUUUUUUAUUUAAAUAUCCUUCUUUUUAUUUUUAUUUUCAUAAGAUGCAAAGUUGACUUGGCAUAACCUGGCAUUCAUUGCAAAUUUCAAAUGUCACAUGAUUCUGUGUUGGAACAUAUAAAAUACCUUAUAUGGAAAGAAGGGGGGUGGUCUCUUCAUAGGUCAUCAUAUGAAGAUGGCAGCCCUCAUUGUCCAGUAGUGCAGCAGUGGUAGUGUGUAUACACACACUGCAUGCCAUGGACCCGAUAAUCAUUUGUUUUCACUAGUGUCAAUAUGAUUGUGCUCUUUCUUAUGAAGACUAUUUUCUAACUAUUAAAUCUAGUAUUUAUUUCAGAAGCUGAUCCCCUUUAUUUUUAUAUCAGAGUAGAAUGAAAAGACUUGAACCUGUUUUAACAGAAACUAUUCAGACAGUAAUGUCCUUAAAGUGUCAGUAAAGUCUAUUUUCUUUUCCUUCUUGAAUAAAUGAACUUGUCGUUUUAUGCAUAUAUAUUUUAUGAGUGACCUUGCUGCUAUAAUUUAGCAGAUCAACUUGCUUUUAUGCUUUUAUUUCUUGUAUCACGGAGUGCUGGAGACAUUGCUGCCCCAAGAGAAAAUACCAUAGGGAGUAUGAUAAUGCUAUGAUGCCCAUUAAACGCUGAUGCAUUUCCUCUG